AUGUCAAAGCAAACAUGGGGUGGGUCCUUCGUUGUGAAAUUCCAGAUUUCUCUGGAAUUUCCGGUAAAAGCUGUGAUCAGCUGCGUUGACAACACAGCAACCAAAAAUCUGUGUAUCAGCUCUGUGAAGGGGACCAAGGAAGGACUGAACAGAUCUCCUGUCACUAGAGUGGGUGACGUGGUGAUGGCCACAGAGCUCGGAAAGAAGGGACUUUCCGCAGUGGGAAUUCAGAAAGGCAGACGAGAGAAAAGAUGGUGUGUUUCCCUCCUUGAAGAUAAUGUAGGUCACAGUACACAAAAAGGUGAAAGGUUUUUCUGUCUGGGACCGGUUUCAAAGGAGUGUGCAGACUUGAGGCCCAGGAUUGCAUCCAAUGCUGAUAGCAUUGCAGCAUAA